AGUCACAAUCAUUUUAUCCUUCUUCUUGUACUUUGCUCUUCCAGAGUUUAAAUUCCAUUAUUUUGGUCGUAUGGUACUUUGAGGUUUGAUACUAUGGUAAAGUCACUCCUUAGGGCGUCGGCUGUCGUCUUCCUUGCCCUUUCUGGCGUUUUCGCCAAGGGUGAUGUAAGAUACCUGCCAGUUACGGUGGAUAUAUCAAAUUACAUGCUAAAUCAACCAAAUUUAUUCGUAAAGGUGGAUAGCGAAGAGGUUGUCUUCAAUGCUCAGGAAGGUCAUGCCAUUGAAAGGGUCGUGAACGGUGACGAAGUCAUUAGGACAUUCGACUUGAGCCAAGAAGCCCCAAAGACAGUGGUAAAGCACAUAGACGAUAACUAUGUCAUAGUCUCAAUCAAUGUAGAGCCCUCCCUCAACCUUGCAUACAAGCAUAAUGGAGACAGAUUUGUGGAAAUGGACAUUACGGAAUUUUAUGAAACUGUCUUCUUUAAAGGUUUAGAAAAUGUAGUUGUAGAUUUGGACGCAUUUAGCACAAGUGGGUAUUUCUCCUCUUCGGACUUUGGUCCAGGUAAAAUGUACGAGUUUGAAAUUCCGUCUCGAAGAAUUAGUAAACUAGUAGCCGGUAAUACAGUUCUCGUAUCAGGUGUAGAUGAACUUCUUCUCGGCGUGGUUGUACACGUCAAUGGAGAUAGGAAGGUUGCCACCGUCUGGUACGUCUUCAAGCCCGAUGGCCGAAUCAAGGAAAUUUUCUUCCAACUCAUCAACAGGACCUGGACUAGGGUAGAUACCAAGACGGCAGCUGAGGCUCUCCACUUCAUAAACCCCAACUUUUCUGUAGGCUACAAGCCCAUCUAUGAUGGCUUCUCCGUUGCUUGCGUUUCGUUCACAUUAAUCGCCAUUGCAUUCGCUGUACUCUAUUAG